AACUGGGUCGCGGAAUAAAAAGUAAUCUUCGAUUUGCGACACUUUCCUGAUUAGUGUUCUCAGGAUAUUUUUACGUCAGUUUUAAAAUAUUGCAAGAGCGGAGGCACAAAAAUGUCCAAUUCAGCCACUACCGGCCAGAAACGGAAGCGAACCUCUUCGGAAACACCGGCUGAAACAGCAUCGGCCAUGGGUUUUGUGGGUAGGGUGGCUGCAGUGGAAGACCAGUUUGUGAACAUGCUGAAGAACUGCCAAAAAGAGAUAACGGAAUCAGGGAAAAGCCAAGGCUUCCUCAUCACCUGCUGCGCUCUGUAUACUUUCGAGAAGGAUAUCAAAGAUAUUAAGAGUUUGCAGACGAAUGACUACGGAACCGGGAAAAUGCAGCAGGUGCGGAUUGGAGAUACGGGAGAAGAGAUUCUGCCUGUGCCUUCGUGGAUGGAAAGUGGUGUGGCUCUGCAAGCAUACUUUGAACGGAAACUGGACACCAACCGCCCACAUUCAUCAGGUAUUGCUGGCAAGCGGGGUUUUGAGGUGCCAUGGCGUGCCAGUGUUCAGCUGGAGAAAAUCCCGCCGAGCUGUAUGGUUGCGUCCGUCCAGGUGUCAUUCAUCAAUCCGGCCUCCGACGGCAGUCCCAUUAUCAAAAUGGACCACGCGGAAGAUGGCAUCAGUAACCUGUACCUGCUUAACGACAAACUGAUGAACAUCCGCGGCCAGACAUACUCUGAAUGUUGUCAGGAGUUGGGCAUCUUUCGACGAGGAUACUGCUACAUCACGCUGCGCGUGCCGCUGAGACUGCUCAUUCGCGAACAAGUAAAACCUUUGUGGACUGAUUUACCGCAUAGUACACUGGAUGAUUAUUCGGCACUGGACGGCAACGACAAUGUUACACUGAAGUUGGGAGACUCCGACAUAAAAGUGGAUCGUCAACUCUUGAUGAACAUUUCCACAGAGACCCGCGUCAUCUUUGGUGCGAAGAUGGUUGGGCAAGUAAAUUUCUAUGAGAUGGGUGUCAGUAAAGAAGCGCUUGCUGCAUUGCUGGCCGCGGUAAAGGCGGGAUCUGAUUACGUGGCCUUGGACAUUUACCGCACAACACCGUCGUUUCUGUACGAACUGCUCGCGUUGUCUACCGACUGGAACGUUCAGUCAGUGAAAGUUUGGACGCAGUUAGCACUAUUGGAACGUCUGUGUGUCCCGGGCGUUAAUUUGCGACAUAUCCCGGUUGACAAGCUAAUUAAAUUGAUCCGACGCGAUAACGACGGCAAUGAAGCGCAGACGGGUGUGAAAAUGGUGCUCUUGGGCUUCAUGUUUGCGCUGCGGGAUAUGUGUCUGGUGGAAAAUCUGCCAGCGACGAUGUAUGAGCAGGUCGAAGGAGAUCCUGAUCGGAUUUCUGCACAUCCAUUUCUGGUGGAUGUGUUUCAACCGGCGGAGUCAUUGGCGAGUCCGGCUGUUAGUGAUGUCGUUAAGGAGCAGGCCAUGAAGAUUACGCUUACGAUUCGUUUCUGGAAUAUUGACCGCCUCCACGUGCGAGUUGGGGGAUCGAUUAGAAUUGGCCAAAUUAAAGCCGCCUUUGAACGUCAAUCUGGGAUUCCCGUUUACCAGCAGCGAAUGAUCUUUAAGGACAGGCGAUUGGAUGAUUUCAGUCGGGUUUCGGAAUGCGGCUUCGCCGACGGAGACGUUAUCGAAGCGCAUACUGAGCUGGUCGGUUGUUAGAUAACUACUAAUUCUAAUGUUCCUAGACAUUUCUCAUUUUUAACAUGAUUUUGGCUGUUUGUUUCUUCUUUUUAUAAAGAUGUUCUCGUUCUGGCGGCAUGUAUCUGUAGAUUCGGGUUGACACAUGUGCUGUGUUUGGUUUUA